AGCCGGAUCCCCGGAUCACCGCAGGCUGUCCCGGUCGGUGUGUGACAGUUCACGGAGCUGCAGGGACACAAACAGCGGCAACAGGGUGUUCGCUGGGUUCAGAGCACGGAGCGGCCCUGCUGGGCGGAACAGAGUGCGGGAAGCAGCAAGGAGCAGGUGGGCGGUGUCUGUCUGCGGAGCACCUGAAAUACAAGAGGCUACUCGACGCAGGCCCUUCCUCCCAUUCCUCCAGCAGCUGUGGGGUUUUUUAAAUUUUCAAAUUUGGUUUAAUCGCCAUCGUCCAUUUCGGAGGAUCAUUUAGUUGUCUGGAAGAAUGAGCACCUACACUGUGUCGCUGCCCGGCCCCGGCCCCUGGGGCUUCAGGCUGCAGGGGGGGAAGGACUUCAACAUGCCGCUGACUAUCUCUAGGAUCACUCCCGGCAGCAAGGCGGCGCAGGGCAACCUGGUCCAGGGUGAUGUCAUCGUCGCCAUUGAUGGCGUUGGAACCGACGGGAUGACUCACCUGGAGGCUCAGAACAAGAUCAAGAUGGCCAACUACAACCUGGCGCUCACCAUGACAAAGGCGAAGCGUCCCAUCAUGAUGCCACCGCCAAGAAUCGACGCCACUAUUCCCUUGAUCCCUCAUCAACAGGUUUUCCCUCUCACUGCUCCCAACCCAGGAUCCAACCACGCCGCCCUCCCCACCCAUAAGCCCAUAGAGGUGAAGGGCCCCGGCGGCAAGGCCACCAUCACCCACGCCCAGUACAACACCCCCAUUAGCAUGUACUCGCAGGACUCCAUCAUGGACGCCAUCGCAGGGCAGACGCAGGGGAAGGGGCAUGAAGUUGGCCCUACUGAGCAUGUUCCAGGUUCUGCCGACUCAACCCUCACCGCUCUGCAGCCUCUGGACCCCGCCCCCGCUUCACCUGGCCCCGACCCUCACAGCCAAUACGGUCAACCUCCUACUAUGCAUCACACUCCACAAGCCCCGCCUCCUCAGCAUUAUCAGCAGCCAGUCCAUCAGCCAUACCACCAGCAAGUCCCACAGCAGUACCAUCAUCAUCCCGCACAACAGGCCCCGCCCAUUCAGAGCUCCAUUCAGAUCCCUCUUGGCUCCGCCCCUUCCAAGGUGGUCAGCACCGCCCGCAUCUACCCCUCCCAGUCAGCCUCAGCUCCUGCUCCUGCUCCACCUCAGCCCCGCCCUCCAGCUGCUGCCCUGACCCCAGCUCCAGCUGGUCCUGCCUCCUCUAAUCGACCCCCCUGGGUGGCCGACACCAACUUCGCCAACAAGUAUGACCCCAGUAAGACAACCACCACUACCAUAAAGAUGCAGCCGCUACCCCAGGCUGCCCCUCCUCCACCAGCAUACAUCCCCAACCCCUCCUCCACCGCCCCUGCAGCUCCCAGCCCCGCCCCUGUCACACCAAGCCCUGCCCCGUUCUCACCUGUGGCGAGGGGCGUGGCUCAAAGGGCGGAGAGGUUCGCCGCUAGCAGCCGUACACCUCUGUGUGGGGCCUGCAACAGCGUCAUCAGGGGCCCUUUCCUGGUGGCCCUUGGCCGGUCCUGGCACCCUGAGGAAUUUAACUGUCACUACUGCCACAUGUCUCUGGCUGACGUGAGCUUCGUGGAGGAGCAGAACAACGUCUACUGUGAGAACUGCUACGAGGAGUUCUUCGCUCCCACCUGUGCCCGCUGCAACACCAAGAUCAUGGGGGAAGUGAUGCAUGCCCUGCGGCAGACGUGGCACACCACCUGCUUCGUGUGUGCGGCCUGCGGCAAAGCCUUUGGAAACAGCCUCUUCCACAUGGAGGAUGGAGAGCCAUACUGCGAGAAAGAUUACAUCGCACUCUUCAGCACUAAGUGUCAUGGCUGCGACUUCCCGGUUGAAGCUGGUGAUAAGUUCAUUGAGGCUCUGGGUCACACCUGGCACGACACCUGCUUCGUCUGUGCGGUUUGCCAUGUGAACCUUGAGGGCCAGCCUUUCUACUCAAAGAAAGACAAACCUCUGUGCAAGAAGCACGCUCACGCCAUCAACGUGUAGACCAACCGAGGGCAACGCUGCCAGACACAACGAGCGAGCACAUGGCAACGACUUUUACAAGAUGUGUGUAAAUGCUCUUUAUGCAAAAUACACUUUGUUUUUUUCUUUUUGUGCAUUAAUAUUAAUAAUGAAAACAAUGCUGCCUGAUGAUCUUGCUUCACUACAGAAACAGAAACUAAGUCUUGAUGUUUUCUGUUGUCAGUCCAACCCACUUUAUUAUGUACUUUUAUUUUUCUUGUGUUUUCUACCAGAAACUACUUGAGUGUUCGAUGUGACCGCUGUGCUGUUCAGCUCAGAGACGUUGGAGUUUUUUAUGGAGUCUCAAGUGUGCCAAAUGAAAUAGCUAUUUAUAUUCUUAUCAGUUAAUAAAAUAAUAGUAUAAUAUAAAUAACUGUUACUAAAGUUAUAAUGCAACACAUAAUUAAAAUAAAGAGCUCAUUACAUUCAAUGUUAAUAAUUUAAAUUUAAUUUGAUAAUAACAAUUUAACAAUCUUAAUUUAAUUUAAAUUAUUUGUAGCUUGUAUUGCACCUCAUUUGUACAUCACUUUGACAAAAGAGCCAAAUUAAUGAAUGUAAAUUUUAAUCAUUCACUUUAUGAAAUAAAGUAAUGUUAAAAUGCGUAAUGUAAAAAAGUCAAUUCAAUUUUUAAAUUAAAUUACUAUUUCAUUUUUAUGGUAAAAAUAAGGAAAUUGAAUUAUAACUAGCCAUGUUUAAUUUUUUUUAAUCAUAAUUUAAUUUUAUUUUUUUUUAACUUUGAGUUCUUUUUUGUUUCAAACUAAAUAUUUUAAAUUAAUUUCUUUCUUUUUUUAUAUAAAAUAAUCCAGAGGCAUACUCGAGACUCCAUUAGUUUGAACUGCUGCACAGCCGUAUUUUGUCUCCAGAAUAUUGUUCUCAUCAUAUCUUGGACUUGUCUUGGUAUUUGCCUAUUUUGAUCUCAACUUGUUUAGGUUUUUUGAAUGCUUUUUUCACUUAACUAAACUAACAAUUAUAUUUUAUUAAUGUUUGGUUCAGCACUACAAUGUAAAAUAGAAACCACAGACUGUAGAGAAACAAAAUGUCCUCAAACUUUAAUUCAUUGUUUAUUCAGAGCAGCAGCAGCAGCAGCAGCAGCAGCAGCAUUUUUAUAUUAAAAAAAAGUUUUUUUCCUGGUUUUGACAAGAGCAUGGCUGUCUCUCAGUGCCAGUGCAGUCUUGAAACUAGUCUUGGACCCGGUCUGGGCUCAGACUCAGGCAGAUGUCACACUGCAGCUGUGUGACAGUGAACUGAACAACAGAGCAGCCCAUGAAGAAGCCUUAUCUGAACUGUGUCUGACAUGUUGUUAGAAGUGAGACAGUGAAUGUAACACGACCAGGUGACACUUUCCACUGGCCUCAUGCAAGCAGGUUCACCUGUGUGGUUGAAUGAGUAAACAAAAAAAUUACUUGAAACAAAUAUGAAGACACAAAAAAAACAAAGAGAUGCAAAAGAAAUACAAAGAGACAUACAACGACUACAUCUACAUAGAGAUGCAAAAUGACCACAUAGAGAUGUAAAUGACUACAAAGAAAUGUAAAACGACCACUAAGAUACAA